ACGCGACUCUCUCUCUCUCUAUCUUCUUUAAUUUUUCCUUUGGGAGCAAGGCGGUCUACAUAUCACUUUCACCUCUAUUUAUAUCUUCUUCAUCUUCCUAGCUCCAUUUUCUCCUACACAGUCCUCUCCCUCUCUCUCUCUAUCUCCCUGAGAAAACAAGGGGCUAAUCGAAAUUCCCUGCGUUUAAUUUGAUAUUUUCCUGAGAUUGUUCGUUGAUUUUUUUUUCUUUCGUAUCCUGUUGCCAGAAGCUCUUGGUGAAUAGUUUACACCCAUUACUCCAACACUGACGGGUACAGGGUCUGUUUCUCUAUCUGUGGAGUCGAGGAAGAAUAUGAGCUUUCAUCUCAGGAGAGAUAGGAACGAUGAUAGGUCUCGAUUCAAUUCUCAGCAUACUUGGAUUCCUAGAAGCUCAUCUACCUCAGUGGGGGUCGUAAACGAGCCUUCUCUUCCUCCUACUACUGAUAGAUAUUCUAGAAGCCUUGAUACUGGUGCUGCAUCCCGUCCUGCUCCUCCGCCCUAUAACCAGCAACAGAGGAGUAAUAACAUUGGUCCAUCUCCACCUAAUCGACAAAGAAGAAAUGAGGCUGCCGGAACCCUGCCCGAUAACCAGCACCACAGGAGUAAUUUCGUUGGGCCCCCUCCACCUAAUCGACAAAGAAGAAAUGAGGCUGCGGGAACUCUGCCUCAUAACCAGCAUCAAAGGAGUAAUCUUACUGGUCCACCUCCACCGAAUCGACAACGAAGAAAUAAUGCUUCAGGAACUCUUCCGGAUAAUCGUCAAAGAGUUUCAUCUAGGGUGCGGCCUGUGAAUCAGGGGAAAAGAGUAGCUAAGGAAGAGAAUAUUGUGAUGGCAGACCCAAACUUGCCUCAACUUGUUCAAGAGUUACAGGAGAAACUGGUGAAGAGUUCUAUUGAGUGUAUGAUUUGCUAUGAUAAGGUUGGGCGAUCUGCCAAUAUCUGGUCUUGCUCUAGCUGUUAUUCCAUUUUCCAUAUGAAUUGUAUCAAGAGGUGGGCUCGAGCACCAACUUCAAUUGAUUUACUGGCUGAGAAAAAUCAAGGUGAUAAUUGGAGAUGUCCAGGUUGCCAAUCUGUACAGCUGACAUCAUCCAAAGAGAUAUGCUAUCGGUGCUUUUGUGGAAAGAGAAAAGAUCCACCAUCUGAUCCAUAUCUGACUCCACACUCAUGCGGAGAACCAUGUGGGAAGCCUCUGGAGAAAGAGUUUGCGGUAGCUGAGGUAACUAAAGAAGAUUUAUGUCCUCAUGUCUGUGUGUUGCAGUGUCAUCCUGGUCCAUGUCCUCCCUGUAAGGCAUUUGCUCCACCUCGUAGUUGUCCUUGUGGUAAGAAGAUGGUUACUACUAGAUGUUCCGAGCGGAGAUCUGUUAUUGUUUGUGGGCAGCGUUGUGAUAAGCUUCUCAAUUGCGGGCGUCAUCAAUGUGAUAGGGCUUGUCACGUUGGCCCUUGUGAUCCUUGUCAGGUACUGGUAGAUGCCACAUGUUUCUGCAAGAAAAAAGUGGAGACUGUUAUUUGCGGGGAUAUGAAUGUGAAGGGAGAGUUGAAAGCAGAAGAUGGUGUGUAUUCUUGCAAUUUUAACUGUGGGAAGCCGCUUGGAUGUGGUAAUCAUUUCUGUUCCGAGGUUUGCCAUCCCGGACCUUGCGGGGACUGUGACUUGCUUCCCAGUAGAGUGAAGACAUGCUAUUGUGGGAAAACGCGUUUAGAAGAACAGAUCAGGCGUAGUUGCUUGGACCCAAUUCCUUCUUGUUCAAAUAUAUGCAGGAAGCUUCUUCCUUGUAGGUUACAUACUUGCAAUGAGGUAUGCCAUGAAGGCGAUUGCCCGCCUUGUUUAGUCCAAGUAAACCAGAAAUGCCGGUGUGGGUCAACAUCCAGGGCAGUGGAAUGCUACAUAACAACUUCUUCAGAGACAGAGAAGUUUGUGUGUGCUAAGCCAUGUGGGUGUAAGAAGAACUGUGGGAGACAUAGAUGUAGCGAGCGCUGCUGUCCUCUCAUGAACAAGAAGAAGAAUGAUCUAUCAGGCGAUUGGGACCCACACGUCUGCCAAAUACCUUGUGGGAAGAAGCUAAGAUGCGGGCAGCAUUCCUGUGAAUCUUUAUGUCACAGUGGACAUUGCCCUCCUUGUCUCGAGAUGAUCUUCACUGAUCUUACGUGUGCUUGUGGAAGAACUUCGAUUCCUCCACCACUACCAUGUGGGACACCUGUUCCUAGCUGUCAGCAUCCAUGCUCGAUUCCUCAGUCUUGUGGCCAUUCUGCUACGCAUGGAUGCCAUUUUGGAGAUUGUCCUCCUUGUUCUGCCCCUGUGGAAAAGAAGUGCGUUGGUGGGCAUGUGGUUCUCAGAAACAUACCUUGUGGGUUGAAAGACAUUAGAUGUAACAAGAUUUGUGGAAAGACGAGGCGUUGUGGCAUGCAUGCUUGUGCCAGAACUUGUCACCCAGAACCUUGUGACAACUACAAUGAAUCUGAAGCUGGUAUGCGUGUUACAUGUGGACAGAAGUGUGGUGCUCCUAGAAGGGAUUGUAGACACACUUGUGGAGCACUCUGCCAUCCAUCUGCGCCUUGCCCUGACCGUAGAUGUGAAUUUCCAGUCACAAUUACUUGUUCAUGUGGCCGCAUAACCGCUACGGUCCCUUGUGAUGCUGGAGGAAACAGUGCCAACGGUUCUAAUAUUGACUCUGCGGCCUAUGAUGAAGCCUCUAUUUUGCAGAAGCUUCCAGCGCCACUUCAGCCUGUUGACGGAAACCGAAUCCCUCUCGGGCAAAGAAAGCUCUCGUGUGAUGACGAGUGUGCUAAGCUGGAGCGUAAGCGGAUUCUUCAAGAUGCAUUUGAUAUCACUCCGCCAAAUCUGGAGGCAUUACAUUUCAGUGAGAAUUCUGCUAUGACAGAGAUUAUCUCAGACCUUUAUAGGCGUGAUCCAAAGUGGGUACUGGCUGUCGAAGAGCGCUGCAAGUUUCUGGUACUUGGGAAAGCCAGAGGAAGCACAAGUGCCCUUAAGGUCCAUGUCUUCUGCCCGAUGCAGAAAGAUAAACGAGAAACGGUUAGGCUAAUAGCUGAGAGGUGGAAGCUUGGUGUUAGCAACGCAGGGUGGGAGCCAAAACGGUUUACAGUAGUUCAUGUAACACCAAAAUCAAAACCGCCAACACGGAUCAUUGGAGCUAGGGGUGGUGCUAUCUCGAUAGGAGGGCCACACCCACCGUCUUUUGAUCCGCUGGUGGAUAUGGAUCCUGGACUCGUGGUAUCUUUACUGGAUCUUCCGAGAGAGGCAAAUAUCAGCGCCUUGGUACUGAGAUUUGGGGGUGAAUGCGAGCUUGUUUGGCUGAAUGACAAGAAUGCUUUAGCCGUGUUCCACGACCAUGCCAGAGCUGCUACUGCGAUGAGGAGGCUUGAGCAUGGUUCAGUAUACCAUGGAGCUGUGGUUGUCCAGAGCGGCGGGCAAUCUCCAUCACUUAGUAAUGCAUGGGGAAAAUUACCUGGCGGCUCGGCGUGGGAUGUUAACAAAGGAAAUCCAUGGAAGAAAGCUGUGAUUCAGGAGAGUGAUGACUCCUGGGGAGCUGAAGAUUCCCCCAUUGGAGGAUCAUCUACAGAUAUUCAAGCCUCUGCUUUAAGAGCUGCAAAGAGCAACAAUCCAAUUGCUACCUCGGUUAACCGUUGGAGCGUUUUGGAGCCUGAGAAGGCCAGCACGUCCAAUUUAGAGUGUAUUCUUCAGAUAGAAGAAAGCACCAGCUCAAAAGCUAACGGUAAACAACCGGUGGAAGGGUCUGGUGAAGAAGUGGUGGAUGACUGGGAGAAGGUAUGUGAAUGAGAGAGCAUAUUCAACUUGUUUUCGAUGUAUUAAAACGGCAGAUUGCUCAGACGUCUAUGUGUGUGCGACUGCUGUGACGAGUUGGGUCUAUGCCCAUUUCAGAGCUUAGGUGUUAGUCGGUGACGUGCCGUUUUUGUCUUGGCAUCUUUGAGGUUUAUUUGGUUAUAUAAAGUUAUAAACAAACUAUUUGAUUGUUCAGUUGGCGGUAUAUUGUGCGAGUGAAGCGGCAUGUUUUUCUUUUUAACAUUGAAGAAAUAUUACAACAAUUUUUCAUUUUCUUAACGAUGCAA